AUGAAAGUGUUAUCUACUAUAUACGUGUGGAUGUGGAUAGGGAUGGUGGUUGCUGAACAGAGGUGUACAUGCCCAACUAUCCCAUCUAUUUCACCACUAUCCACUUCAACACUGCCUACUCAAAGUCAGCCUCCACAAAGUCAGGGGUCACAGGUUUGCAAUGGCCUAGCCAGAAGGAAAUAUUUGACCAGAGAUACAGUUGGAAGCAUAAUUGAAAAUCAAUUUUGUCCUGACGCUGCAAAAUUUGAAAUGCAUGGAGAUGGAGCCCUAAAUUGGAUCUACAACGACAAUACCCCUGAAGCAGUUUUAAUCUCACUUGGCUGGAAGAACUUAUCCCAAACUCACCUUCCGCAAGUUGGAGCCUGCGUUCACUAUUUGCGAGACCGGAUUGUCGAUGGCUGUGAUGGCAAUGACCCAACCAACCCAAUGAAUUGGAAGGGCGGUGGCUAUUUGAAAGUCGACCAAUACGAAUAUACAAUUGACCCUACAGCCAACCGCCAGCCGGCGCCAAAGCAGCCACAGGCUUUAUGCAAAAUAACAGCCCAGGCCAACUACACCUCAGUGCGUAUGUGGGGGGGAGGAUGGGCAUCGUCUGAUUUUGGAAAAGCCUUGAUAGUGAAUCUCAAUAGCUGUGGAUUGCUUCAGGACACCUUCGCCUUUCAAUAUGGGCGACUCGAAGGAGGAUAUGAAUGGGCUGCCAGCAUGUUGGUGCCACCAUCAACAAAAAAUGAGUGUAUACUCAGUGCUGCUACAAAGUCUGGGGCACACCAAGGGCUCUCAUGGUUAGGAGGAGCCGAACCACCAGCAUUCUUGUGA